AUGGCCGUCCCGUCUACCUUUGAUGCGGUAAAGGCGCAUCUUGCCAAGGUUCAAGGCGAUCCUUCAACAGCCCUUGAUAUUGCACUCAUCGACCGGCUGAAGCUGCAGCUCGUCGAAAGCACUGACUCUGUUGUCCCCGCCACUCUCUUAUCACUGAUAUCAACCCUUCUGCCUGUCCUACAAGAGGACCCUACCCCUCUCACAACCCUCGCGAUAAAGGCCACCAGUUAUUUCAGCUUUACCGAGCUUCGUUCCGUUGAACCCCCCAUCAAUCUCAUCGCUGGCUUUAAGGCCCCAUCCGCGCCUGUCAACCUACUUGCUUUAUCACUUUUGGCGAAGGCAGGUCACGCAUCCAGUGAUGCUGCUAUAGUCGCUGGAGACCCCACUCUAGUUGCAUCCCUGAUCGAGUUAUGGCUAUCCACAUCUUCAACAGCGGUUGCACAAGCCGCUCUUGAUGCCCUGUGGGCGUUGUUGGAAGUCGACUCAGCGAGUCCCCUCGAAAACGGCGAAUAUGAUCAUGCGAGCGAGGAGGGACACGUCGGACAGGGCCUCAUGUGGAGGAGAGUGUUUACAGACAGAGAUGUUUACGGUCUUCUUUUCGGAUUGUGCAGCCUGAAAGAAGAUGCCCCCGGGACGUUGUCGAAGCGCGAACGGACCGUGGCCCAAGGCAGAUUGUUGGGCUUCUUGGUGAAGGCUGGUCAUCUACGCUGGGACAUCAUCUCAAAAUCUCAAGUUCCGGAGGUGGAGACAAGAUACGAGAGCCACAGUCUUCUUCACUUCGCGGCGUGCCAGAUGGUUGACCUCAGUGAUGUCUUAUUGCAUAUGACUCUUCUGAACUUUUAUCGGGAAUUGUUGGGAAUUGAUGCUCCAGGCCUGAUCGCUAGGAGCUGUAUGCAAUCUAGAUCAACCUUUUCUUCUCCCGCUCUCGAUUUUCUCAUUGCCGAAAAUCUGCAUUCGAAGGUGCUCCAGUAUUAUCUUGACGAGUCAACCUUGGAUUCGGUGGAUCUAGUCUACCUCUCUGGCCCGAUUAUGGCCUAUGUGUCUAAAUAUGCCGAGUUGUACCCUAAUCACCUUCUGCAGAACCCCUCAACUCUACUUGAUGCCAUUAUUGCACGCAUUACUCGGGCUCUUGCCAUUCCCUCCACACAAUGGGCACACGGGGAAACCCCGACGGGUCAUCUUGCAGUCUUGGCCGCCCUACCUCGAGUUUUACUCAUCGAAGCAGGCAAGCAUGGCGCAAACCCAGUGUUGCAUAUUCCUACCAGCCCGCCAAAUGGCGAAGCUCUGGAUAUUUUGGGCAAAAUUUUUCAUGGGCCUGCAAGAACUGGGAUACCUGACUCGAUGGAUCUGAACACCUCAGGUCAAACUCCAACUGAUUGGCACCAUGAAGCCGCUGCUGCGCGCAUUCUGUAUUUCCUCUAUAUCAACCACAACCCAAAUUUCUGGACAGACGUUGUGGCUGCUGCCGACCUCAUUGCUAUGAAAGACACUGCGCUAUCGGCAAUAGCAUUCAUGAAGGCCUUUGUCAUGUCAAAUUGGCAACCUCUCCCUCCCGCAUCACAUACUAUUAACACCUCAUCUAAGUAUCAGCUACCAUCCGAAGAAGGGCUUGGGUCACUUUCCCCUGCAUCGAGCGGGCUGCUUCCUCUGUCUGGUCCCUGGGCAGUUCUAACCCCGCCUGCCCUGACCACAUUGUUGCCUUACCUUUUCAAACCACCUCGAUCCUAUGCGGAAUUUGUAGGUGGUGGUGCUGGUGAUUCCCAAAAUGCAGUAUGGAAAGUAGCUACCUCCAAGCAUGAAGUUCUUGUGGCCCUCUAUAAUCGGCUCCGGGAAAUGGGUGGACAAAUGGAAGGAUUCGAGGAUAUCUUACGAACGCUACGGCAGCGUGUCAACGAAGGUCCCUUGGGUCCCAUGCGACAGGGUAACGCCCAAAUUGAAGCGGUCGGGCUCUGA